AUGGUUGUGUUGAUUGAUGAUGGAAAGAUGGAGGUCGCGAAGAUUAUCGGCUCCAUGCAACCAUUUAUCGCUGAUUACGUAAUCUAUGUUCUCUUUCGCUGCUUUAGCUUCACGAAGGACUUUAAAAGCAGUCAAAUACACACUCCAAGCAACGCAUGGAGUGAACUGACUGUUGUCUCAAUGCGCUCUUUGACGCUUGAUGGCUGCUGGCUUGUGAAAGAGCGCUGCAGCCCUCUAACGGCUACGCAAUUUAGCACAUUACGGAGGUAUCCUCGAAACUCAUCGGCAAAGCACCAACUGCAACCAUCUCCGGCACAACUUCUUCGCUUUGCCCUCACUGGCACCACAUGCAGCGGAAACGGCGACAAUCUCGAUACGAGGCUUGAUGAACGCUUAACAUUACAAUUUCAGAAGAACUGGCUACCGAGAAGAUCAAAAGCCAUUGAUACGGCUUCACAAUCCUUGCCGAAUAACCUUGCCCUUCCCAAGUUCACGAAAGGAGAUGGAUUAUCAAGAUUACGGGCGGACAUCGAAACCUUUGUUAAUUCGGAAAAGGCUGGAAUCAAGCUGCUAAGUCAGAUCCAACCACUCCAAAAUGCGUUCAGUCAGUGCCAAACCAAGGUGGAGAGGGAGGAUUUAAUAGCGACAGUCAACGGUCUUCUGGCAAGAUUACGGCGAUUGGGAGUUAAAGAUACACACCAGUUACUCAUUUUGGGUAUGAGCUAUGCGGCAGAGAACUUUUCGUCAGAUUCGUUAGCCCAUUACGUACGGCAGUACUCCAGGGAAGGGUAUGGCCUACUACCGCAGCCCGUCGGUGUCGCCCUGGUGAAAUCGCUUUCGAAUGGUUUAGAGCGCCGCUCUUGGGAAGACCCCACCACUGACAAGUCCAAGAUGCUAAGUGUGGUUGCGGGCUCUGACGAUGAACGGUCUGGUGCAGAAACCUUGCGUUCACUCCUAGAUAUCUCGAACAUUCGGGAGAACGAGCUAGUCCCCAAAUAUUUGCUGUUACUAAGUGAAUUAAAAGGCGAACAAGCGGUUUCCGAACUCUGGCCUAAGAUCCAAGCUGAACUUGAGGCUGGACCGAAUACGGUGGUGACGGGAGCUGCUAUUGCUUCCAUCGAGGCUUUCUUAAAGCUAGAUAAUCCAGAGCGUGCUCUCACUGUUGCUCAGCAGUGUUCAAAGCAUAUCGACCUAAAUGAACAUCUUUCGGUGAAAACGUGGAAGGCACUAUUGGAAUACGAUUCACAAGGGCUUCUUCGGACCCUAGUGGAUCCAAAGACGACUAUAUCCAUGCUUCAACACGAUCUUCGUUCCCUUGAAUUAGUAUUGGGCGCUACUUGGAUUAAGGAGGGGGACGGUCACCACCUUCAUCCGUAUGGUAUAGGGCAUAGCUUGGGCACUAAUAAGCCCGACAGUGCCUACGAAUCCAACUCCGAAUCUUCAAAAUUCACAUCUGGCGUCAGCUUGGCUCGACAAAUACAGGCAGCAACCCAGGUAGAUGGCUGUUCUAGAUCCCGGAUGGGCCUAACAAUGAUUUCUGACCUUUUGAACGAGCACGAAGGAAUUGAAAUUCCACUCAGAAUAAAAACGCUGGACAACUCGGAGCUUUUGGAUUAUGCGUGGUUCCCCUGUUGUUCACCGCUUGAAUUCGCUGGUAAUCUCCCCUCAACGGGGCGUGACAUGUAUCAACCGCUCUCCACGGCAUCACUCGGUUUGAUUAGUGUACGUGUUGAUGGGAAUGGGAUACCUGUCAGAAGCCUUGGGGAUGUUCGAUUGAUGCAGUUGGGGUAUAUUGGAGUUCGUGCCUCGCGGUCCUGCAAUGAUAGUGACAUCUCAGAGGAGCCUACAGAGAGGUGGAGAAACACAGGGCAUAUAGUUGCCUUGGACAGGCAGAGUGGGGAGCUGGUCAUACUAUGGGCUGGGGAAGGCAGCGGCGUAAUUAAUCCUGGGCUGGUGAAGCCGGCACCGCCGCCAGAGCUCCCAUAUAUAUUCGGAAACGUUACACUCGACGCAUCCGAGACACUUGUGUUGUCCCAGCGUGACAAUAUAGGGGCCCUUAAUCACGAGCAGUCUUACUGGGUUGACGUUGACUCUGGCAGUGAUAUAAUAUCAUAA